AGCGCAAACCCGCGGCUGCAGCGCGCCACUUCCCAAAUUUGGGGUUGUCCUGUGGGCUGUGUGUCGGAGAAGUCUGCGUGGCCCCUUGGCUCGGGAAAGGGGCACCGCAGCGACGGGCGCGGAGAGGGGCCACUGCGGGGAGCCCAGUACUAGUCCAGCCACAGCGCACCCCUCGACUAGAGGCUCCUGCUACUUCCGGCCCAGCUCCCACUUCUGACAGCCCCAGAACCCCGUCUGAGGGACACUCUGGCCAGUAGACAGGGAUGGAGAGGCCUCUGGGCUCUGGCCUUCGUGGCUAUUUGGCUGUGCUCAUCCUGUUGCCAUCCCUGAGCCUGGCACAGUAUGACGGCUGGCCCUACCAGCUCCAGUACCCCGAGUACUUCCAGCAGCCAGCCCCCGAGUACCAGCAGCCCCAGGUGCCCUCGGAUGUGGUCAAGAUCCAGCUGCGCCUGGCAGGCCAGAAGAGGAAGCACAACGAGGGCCGCGUGGAGGUCUACUACAAUGGCCAGUGGGGCACUGUGUGUGAUGACGACUUCUCCAUCCACGCUGCCCACGUCGUCUGCCGGGAGCUGGGAUACGUGGAGGCCAGGUCCUGGUCCGCCAGCUCGUCCUAUGGCAAGGGGGAAGGGCCCAUCUGGUUGGACAAUGUCUACUGCACGGGUGGUGAGGCCACCCUGGCGUCAUGCACCUCCAAUGGCUGGGGUGUCACCGACUGCAAGCACACGGAAGAUGUUGGUGUGGUGUGCAGCGAGAAGAGGAUUCCUGGGUUCAAAUUUGACAACUCAUUGAUCAACCAGAUAGAGAACCUGAAUAUCCAGGUGGAGGACAUCAGGAUCCGCCCUGUCCUCUCCGCCUUCCGCCAUCGCACCCCAGUGACAGAGGGCUACGUGGAGGUAAAGGUGGGCAAGUCCUGGAAGCAGAUCUGUGACAAGCACUGGACAGCUAAGAAUGCCCACGUGGUCUGCGGCAUGUUUGGCUUCCCUGGGGAGAAGGCAUACAACACCAAGGCUUACAAAAUCCUGGCCACACGGAGGAAGAAGCGCUACUGGCCAUACUCCAUGAACUGCACUGGCACGGAGGCCCACAUCUCCAGCUGCAAUCUGGGUCCCCAGGUGUCACAGGACCCUGUAAAGAAUGUCACCUGUGAGAAUGGGCUACCGGUGGUGGUCAGCUGUGUGCCUGGCCAGGUCUUCAGCUCCGAUGGGCCCUCAAGAUUCCGGAAAGCCUACAAACCAGAGCAACCCCUGGUGCGGCUCAGAGGCGGAGCCCAGGUCGGGGAGGGCCGCGUGGAGGUGCUCAAGAAUGGAGAAUGGGGGACAGUGUGUGACGACAAUUGGGACCUGGUGUCGGCCAGCGUGGUCUGCAGAGAGCUGGGCUUCGGAACUGCCAAGGAGGCCGUCGCCGGCUCUCGGCUGGGGCAAGGGAUCGGACCUAUCCACCUCAAUGAGGUCCGGUGCACGGGGACCGAGAAGUCCAUCAUUGAGUGCAAGCUCAACACUGAAUCCCAGGGCUGUAACCACGAAGAGGAUGCGGGCGUGCGCUGCAACAUCCCCCACAUGGGCUUCCAGAAAAAGGUGCGCCUGAGUGGGGGCCGAAAUCCCUACGAGGGCCGGGUAGAGGUGCUGACAGAGAGGAACGGGUCCCUGGUGUGGGGCACUGUGUGCGGCCAGAACUGGGGCAUCGUGGAAGCCAUGGUGGUCUGCCGGCAGCUGGGCCUAGGGUUCGCCAGCAAUGCUUUCCAGGAGACCUGGUAUUGGCAUGGAAAUGACGGCAACAAAGUGGUCAUGAGUGGGGUGAAGUGCUCAGGAACGGAGCUGUCCCUGGCACACUGCCGCCACGACGAGGACGUAUUCUGCCCCCAGGGUGCAGUGCAGUUUGGGGCUGGAGUCGCCUGCUCAGAAACCGCCCCCGACCUGGUGCUGAACGCUGAGUUGGUGCGCCAAACCACCUACCUGGAGGAGCGGCCCAUGUCCAUGCUGUUGUGUGCCCGGGAGGAGAACUGCCUCUCGGCCUCUGCCGCACUGGUGCAAAGUGACGAGGAGCUGGCCCGCCACUACCGCCGCCUGCUACGCUUUUCCUCCCAGAUCCACAACAAUGGCCAGUCUGACUUCCGGCCCAAGAACGGCCGCCACGCGUGGAUCUGGCACGACUGUCACAGACACUACCACAGCAUGGAAGUAUUCACCUACUACGACCUGCUGAGCCUCAAUGGCACCAAGGUGGCUGAGGGCCACAAGGCCAGCUUCUGCUUGGAGGACACUGAAUGCGAAGGAGAUAUUCAGAAAAGUUACGAGUGUGCCAACUUUGGGGAGCAGGGCAUCACCAUGGGCUGCUGGGACAUUUACCGCCAUGAUAUCGACUGCCAGUGGAUUGACAUCACCGAUGUGCCCCCUGGAGAAUACCUGUUCCAGGUUGUCAUUAACCCCAACUACGAGGUCCCAGAGUCCGAUUUCUCCAACAACAUCAUGAAGUGCAGAUGUCGCUAUGAUGGCCACCGCAUCUGGAUGUACAACUGCCACAUAGGUGGCUCUUUGAGUGAGGAGACAGAACAGAAGUUUGAGCAGUUCAGUGGACUCUUAAAUAACCAGCUCUCCACGCAGUAAAGAAGCCUCGGGGUCACCUCCUGUUCUCGGGUCACACGGUAUCCCCCCGGCGGCCAUCCAGACUCAACUCAGGAGGAGGGUGCACCCUCAUCACCAGGUGCUGCGGCCUGGGCUGGCCUUAGGGGCUGGGCUCAGCCAUGGGCUGUGGGAGCAGUACUGGGAGCCAAGCUUGCCAGGAUCUGGGGUGACACGCACCAGCUUGCACUGGCUCUGGGACCUCCAUCUGAUGCCCCCAGACUAUGCACGGUUCACGUGGGGCCGUUUCCUUCUGCAGUUACAAGGGGGCACACGGGAGCUGUGAGCCCAGAGGGGGCCAGGCUGAAUCCCAGCAGACUUGAAUACAGACCUCUCCCCCAAAGUCUGACAACUGGCUCUGCUCAGUUAAAUGCCAUCAUAAGUACAGUAGUCCACCCUUAUUCAUGGGAAUCCAUUCCAGGAACCACAAUGCCAAAUCCUAUAUCCACAAUACUUUUUCCUAUACAUACCUAUAACAUUUUGUUUAGGCACAGUAAGUGCCUUAUUAGGAAGGUUAGGAAAAACAGCAAAUAAUAAAACAACUGUAACUAUACUGUAAUAAGUUUCAUAAAUGUAGUCCCUCUCCCCAAAUAUCUUAUGGUGCUUUCAGUUUUUCACCUACAGGAAGCACAUUCCACCUUCUCUUUGGCGUAUCUGAAUAGCCAACAGCAUGACUCUUGCACUUGGAGGUCAUUUUUCAGUAAAAUGAGAUUUACUUGAACACAAGCCCUGAGACACUGUGGCAGUGGAUCUGAUAAGAGAGAUGGCACUGGGUGGCUAAUGGGUGGAUAGCGUAUAUAGUAUGGAUGUGCUGGGCAAAGGGAUGAGGCACCUCCCAGGUGAGACACAGGAUGGCACAAGCUUUCAUCAUGCGACUCAGGACUGUAAAAUUUAACUCUGAAAGUGCUUCAUUUUUCAUUCAAUAUUUUUGGACCACAGUUGAAACCUCAGAGAGAAAAACCAUGAAUAAGGGAGGACUGCUGUAAUGUUGCCACAUUUUCUCAUUAGGUGCGCUCAGAUUGGUGCUGAUUCUUGUUGGUGCUUCUCUCCACCCUCUCUUGCUUCUCAUGAUACCAUUAUUGUAUUUUCACGGCCUUUGAAACACAACUCAUUUAGUGUGGCAUUUAAUAUCGGGCAUCUGAGCCUUCAAAAAUAUAGCUCAAGAGAAAAACCA